GUGCAGCUCCCACAGGCGCAGCGCUACGUCGCGACAGGGCCAUGGUGCGGGUGGCUGUAGCUGCGCGGCUCCUGCGCCUGCAGUGGCAGAAAGGCCCUGGCCUGCGCCCCGCGGCGAUUGGGGCGGGCAGCGCGCCCAGGAGGUUUGCCGCGGGGGCCUCGACAGCGACACCCCCCCGGCGCCUCGACCUGCGGGGCAUCUACCCGCCCCUGGCCACCCCGUUCACCUCGCAUGGAGAGGUGGAUUACAGCCGGCUGGAGGAGAACCUGCGCCUCUACUCCGGGAUUCCCUUCCGAGGUUUUGUGGUGCAGGGUUCCAAUGGGGAAUUUCCCUACCUGACUCAAGAAGAACGCCUGGAAGUGGUGAGACGGGUGCGCCAAGCUAUGCCCAAGGAUAAGCUCCUGCUGGCUGGGACUGGAUGUGAAUCAACUCGGGGCACCAUUGAGAUGACAGCACAAAUGGCUGAUAAAGGCGCAGAUGCUGCCCUCGUGGUGACGCCUUGCUACUUCCGGGGAAGUAUGACCAGUGCAGCCUUGAUUCAUCAUUACAAACAGGUAGCUGAAGCAUCUCCAAUCCCUGUGAUACUCUACAGCGUCCCAGCCAAUACGAAUCUGGAGCUGCCCACCAAUGUGGUGCUCAGCCUAGCACAGCACCCCAACAUUGUGGGGAUCAAGGACAGUGGUGGCAAUAUCACCCGCCUUGGACUGCUUGUCCACAAGACCCAGCAUGAGGACUUCCAGGUAUUGGCAGGAUCAGCUGGUUUUCUGCUGGCGAGUUACAUUGUAGGUGCUUCUGGAGGGAUUUGUGCCCUUGCCAACGUGCUUGGCUCUCCAGUCUGUCAGCUUGAGCAACUGUGCUGUGCUGGAAGCUGGGAUGAGGCCCGUGCACUGCAGCACCGACUCAUUGAGCCUAACAUUGCGGUAACAAGCAAGUUUGGAGUCCCAGGCCUGAAACAGGCCAUGGAAUGGUUUGGUUUAAAUGGGGGCUUCUGUCGCUCUCCGUUGCUCCCGCUAAGUGAGGCACAAGUGAGGGAGCUGCGCCAGGAUUUCACCUCCAACGGAUGGCUCUGAAAGACGAAGCUGUUCCAGGCAAUGGUUGGAACCUUGAAAUGGGCAGCAGGCAUAUUGCCAUCCAGUUAAGCCCCGAAUUUCAUAUCCUGCAGCUUACUAAAAUACAGCUCAUUCAACCUA